AUGGAACGCUUAGACCAUAAAUUGGCCGAGUUGUUGCCGAAUUACCCAGCAAUUUGGAAGAGGGGCUGCAACGAUUUUAAGAAUAAAGUCAAAAAAGAAAAUAGCUUCAAAGCUAUUGCUAAGGAACUAAAAACCACCGCAUUGCCCACCGAUACCCUGAAUGAAGACCUUAGUGAAUUUCAGUUUGAAACAUUAAUGGAACUGAACGAUGAAAAUAGCAAGAUGUCAAUAAUUAUGGAUACUGAAAAGGAUGAAGAAAUCAAUGACAUAAUUUAUAUACUGGAAGAAAAAACUGAUAAAGAAUGUGCUUCCGGAAAUAUUGAAUCCACCAAAUUGCCUCAAAUAAACAAUCUGGAAAAAAGUGCUUCCAAAAGACAUGCAUCAGAAAUUGUGACAUCUACAAAAUUGCCCCGAACACCACUACAUGCAAACGCAGACAAAGUAUCAGAUAUGCCAGUGGCUACACCAUUUUCCAAUACUUCCAGGUUGUCUGAUUUUGCCAACUAUUUGGCUGCAAGCCUAAAUAUGCUCGAUGAAGAGCUGUGUGAUGAUGCCAUGGCUGAGAUGGUUGUCAUAAUAAACUCCUACAAAAAAAAACAACGUCUUAGAAAUUCAUAA